AUGUUCCAUGGAUUGCCAAGUGAAGACCCCAUUGACCACCUUGAUGAGUUUGAUAGGCUUUGUGAUUUGACAAAGAUCAAUGGUGUCUCUGAAGAUGCCAUCAAGCUGAGACUCUUUCCUAUGUCUCUAGCUGACAAAGCUCACCAAUGGGAGAAGAGCUUGCCCCAUGGCACAAUCACCACUUGGGAUGAAUGCAAGAAGGCCUUUCUUGCUAAGUUUUUCUCCACCGGUCGCACAGCCAAGCUUAGAGGAGAGAUAUCCAGCUUCAUCCAGCGAAACAAUGAGACAUUCGCAGAGGCUUGGGAGAGGUAUAGGGAGAUGCUAGACACAGCUAGCAAUGGGAACUUCCUCAACCAGGAUGUAGAUGAUGGCUGGCAACUUGUGGAGAACAUAGCUAACUCAAAUGGAAGCUAUGGAGAAGAGUAUGAUCGCACCAACCGGAGCUCGACCCACCACUCGAUCGAGUCAGACGAAAAGUUGAGAAAAGAUGUUAAGGCAUUGAAUGAGAAGUUGGAUAAGCUGAUCCUAGCUCAGUCCACAAUGAAGAAAGUCAACUUUGUGUCUGCUGAGGAGAUGGAACCAGUCCAAGAAGGGGAGGAUACACAAUUUGCUGAGGUGUGCUACAUGAGUGAUGGCGGGUUUAGAUUGCCUCAAAUUUUCACAAUUUAUAAACCCAACUAA